UGUCAUAUGGACAAACAGUGGAUACACAAAAAGGAGUCGCAUUGUUUGGUCGAGCCUGCAUUGGGUGUCAUGAUGGAGGCGGAAACAUAAUACUACCAGGUGCAACACUCUUUCUGAAGGAUCUACGAAGCAAUGGAGUAGAUACAGAAGAGGAGAUAUACCGCGUGACAUACUAUGGCAAGGGAAGAAUGCCAGGUUUUGGUGAGAACUGUACACCAAAGGGUCAAUGCACAUUUGGUCCCCGUCUAAAAGAAGAUGAGAUUAAACUCUUGGCAGAGUUUGUGAAGGCACAGGCUGACCAAGGUUGGCAAAACGUAGGAAAUUAUGGAGAUUGAUUCCGGUGAAAAAGAUUCAUUGCAAUUGCUUCAAUUAGCUACUCUGCUAAUUCAUUCUAGGCAAUGUUUGUGUUAGUCACUAUACCAACCUGUGGAACAGAAGCAUUCCGUGAACAUUGAUUUAUGAGUUAAAUUACACAUUGACCCCUAGAACUAUGGCCUCGAUCUCGCUUUACCCUCUCAGUAUUAAGUUUCUCACAUGGCCUGCAACUAUUUGAAUUGGUUUUACUUCAAUAGUAAACAUCCUG